GAGCGGAGGGACCGUUGGUAGGGCGGGGGGAGCAGUGGCGCCCAGAUUGAAAAUGUCGGAAGCGGGGAAGGAGCGGGAAGGUGGUUUGGUUCCCUUCGUGCCUUCAGCGUUGGUGGAGGCUGUGGCUGCGGAUUGGGUGCUGGAAUUCAGCUGCUGCUGCCUGUGCCGGCAUUUCGUGGAGGAGUGCGGGGCCGAAUUCGGGCGGUGGAGGGACGUGGCUCAGGCUGUUUCUAAUGGCUUCUCCAAAGUAACAACACAUCAGAAAAAAAUGGUGUACCUCUGUCAGCUUCUAAUAAGAAUUGCAGAAGGAAAAAGACUUGAAUGCCAAUUCGAAAACGAUACAAGAAUUUCACCUUUGGAGUCUGCUCUGUCUUUUUGGACUUUACUUGAAAGGGAGGAAAGUAAACUAAAUACACUUCAUGAAGAAAUUCGUCGCUUGAUUCAAAUUCAGGUUGUAGCAGUCUAUAUGGAAAAAGGAUAUUAUAAGGAGGCUGCUGAAGUUCUUGAAAGGCUGUUCACAGACUCAGAAUCACAUAAGCCUUUAAGGAUGAAGCUGGCAGCCAUAGUCAAAAGCAAGGAUCCAUAUGUUCCCCUUCUCCAGAGCUUCAGUUACAAUCUUUUGUUAAGCAAAGUCAAGUCUUACGUUGAACUUUUCCUGAAAGAAAAUGGAACUAACUUCUUACUACAGGCAGCUACAAAACAAGUGGAAUCUAAAGGAGGGGAAGUAAGAGUGUUGCAAAACAAAACCUUGAAUGUCAAGGAAGAGAAAGAAAAUAAUUUGGAAGCAAAACAAAGGCCUUCUUCAAAAGAGAGAUGCAGAACAAGCAAUGUUCAGAGGCUGAAAGUCUUGAAAAAUGUAGACGAACGUGGAGAUGAUUUGCCUUGUGGUCGAAGAAGACAGCCAUGGACUUAUGAAGAAGAUAAGAAACUGAAAUCAGGAGUAAGAGAGUUUGGAGUGGGCAACUGGGCUAAAAUUCUGAUCCAUGGUGACUUCAACAACCGAACUAGUGUCAUGUUGAAAGAUCGGUGGAGAACACUGUGCAAGAUCAAGUAAGAAUACUUUGGACAUAGCAUUUGAUUAUUCCUGUGCUUUCCCUACAUAAGGAGCUAGUCUAGCUGUUCAGAAUGAUGAAUUCAUAGUCUCAAGAGUAUCCAAAAACAUUGUUCUAAAACAUGAAAAAGGUGUAAUAAAAUUUAGCCUUCUGUCUGCAUGCAAGAGGUAGGUUAAUUUAUGCAAUGUGGAAAUGCUUAGGGUGAUUACGUAGGCAGGAGUCUUAAGUGGCAACGUAUCGACUUUAUAGAUGCUCUUAAUAAAAAGUCAAGUGCUCUGUGUUUUUAAAGGGUUUUAUCAGGGCAAGGUUUUAUAUGCAGUCAGAUAGAACUCUUUAUCGUUUUGUAUUCUACUAUAGUCUAUACUUAUCUGAUUUAUUUCACUUUGAACUUUGGGUUUGACUUGUUAUCUCUUUCAGCAGGUUAAACAAAAAAUAAGUAUGUCAUUGCUAAUUUAACAAAUUACAUUUUUAACUUUAGCAAAAAAAGGAAUAUCUAUGUACAUUUAUAUUUACAAGUAGUAAAAGUGCUACAUGUGUACUGGAGAGAAAAUAUGGGAUUUUUUUUAUUUUUGAAUCAAUCUUAAGUUCUAGGAAAUAACUUUGAAAUUAUUUAUGUUGGCAUAAUAACAGUUCUUACCUUGCAGAAGAUAGUGGAAAAGAUGUGAGAAGUGAUAACAUGAUGCUAGCUCUUAACAUCUUUUGAUUGUCUUAUGCCAUCUACCUUGUCUUGAGGAGUGGCAUUAUUCUAGACCAGCAGGAAAGGGAAAGCUCCUUUCCUGAGCAGCCCAAGUGGGGCUCUGUUUUGGCAGCGACAGCACAGACCAUGAAAAAUGUUUCAUCUGUUCUCUGUUGUCUCUGCAGUGCUAGCAAGCAAAGACACCCUAUUCUGGUUAGCUAGCCACAUAAAGGUUUCAGUUGAUCACUGUAAACAUUCUGCUCACGAGAGACUCUGAGAUGUUUCAGAUUGUAUGGAAGACAAUCCCAGAACCUCAAAAAACACAUAUGCUUUCCACUAUCGUACUGGUGUGAAUCUAGAUACCAGGUACUGUAGCAUUCUUACAGGGCUUCUUGCAUUAAGAUUAAAUAGUGAUGUACCAUUACAAAGGUUUGUCCUAUUCUGAAUGCAUACAGGACCUCAAACAGAUCACCUAAUUCCUGCCAACUGAUGCAACAUUUCUUCUUACAACUGUGGUAAGCAGUUGCUGUAAGGUUCCACAGAGAUGCGCCAUGUCUUAACAGUAAAUUUUCUCAGCCUUAAGGCAUCAUUUU